AUGUGCGGUAUCACAGCGUCUGUCGCCCUAUCCAGUGGCUGUUCCAAUGGUCAUGACGAUGAUGGCACAGCAACCAGAGUGCUCACAGAGCAACUGCAAAAGUCCCUCGACGUGAUCAGUCACCGUGGACCAGACGACUCGGGCUUGUGGCUGAGCCCGGACGGCCGCAUUGGACUCGGACACUGCCGGCUUUCGAUCAACGACAUCACGCCCUCGGGUCACCAGCCGCUGCACAGCGACUGCGGCGAGCUGCACGCCGUCGUCAACGGCGAGAUCUACGACCACGACCGCCUCCGAGCCGAGUGCGCCACCCAGCACGGCUACACAUUCACCGGCGAGAGCGACAGCGAGCUCGUGCUCGCCCUGUACAAGAUCCACGGUGCCCCCGGCAUGUUCGAACACCUGCGUGGCGAAUUCGCCUUCGUGCUGGUCGAUACUCGCGAGGGCAGCCGCCGCGUCAUUGUUGGCCGCGACCGCUUCGGCAUCAAGCCCCUGAUGUGGACAGUCGUCGCGGGCCGCCUGCUCCUGGCGGCCGAGGCGAAGGCCUUCUUGCCCAUGGGAUGGCAGCCCGAGUGGGAUGUCGCCAGCAUCGUGGAAUGUGGGUGGGCGCUGGAUGACAGGACGCUGUUCAAGGACGUGCGGAAGCUGCUGCCGGGCCAUUGGAUGGAGGUGACUGAGGAACGCGGCAUGGAGAUGCAUAGAUACUGGGACGCUGAGUAUGGUGAUAAGACCAAAGUCGAGACUCGCAGCGUUGAGGAGAUGAUACUUGGAGUGCGUGAGCGGCUUGUCGAAGCCAUUCGGCUAAGACUCAGAGCCGACGUGCCGGUGGGCGUUUACCUCUCCGGUGGCAUUGACUCGUCGGCAGUGGCAGGCAUCGUGACGCAGCUGGCUCGCGAGGAGCACGUCAAGCUCGGAAGCCAGGAAGCAACGAGAGUGGCAUGCUUCAGUGUCCAAUUCCCAAAGGCAUCGGGAUACGAUGAGUCAAGCAUCGCGGAGCGUACUGCUGAGUGGCUGGGAGUCGAGGUAAUCAAGAAGGACGUCGACGAGGCGACGCUGGCGCGGGACUUUGCCGACACUGCCUAUCACAGCGAGCACCACCACUUCGACAUGAACAGCGUCGCCAAGUUCGCCCUGUCUUCCCUCACUCGAGAACGAGGAUUUAAGGUUGUCCUCACGGGAGAAGGUGCCGAUGAGCAUUUUGCCGGAUAUCCCUUUUUCCCCGCAGAGUUCCUGCGUGAGCCUGACUUGGCCCUGCCGGACUCGGUUCUCGCCACUGACCACGAGCUGCGCGGGGGAAUGCAGCGCAAGGCUGAAGCUGAGCUGCAGGCCAUCAUGCGCAUGCUUGGAGCCAAAACCGAGGGCAGCAGCUUUGCUGGCACCCUCCUGGUCGGCCACCCACCCCUCGAGUCCUUCAGCCCGUGGGUACGCGAGCAACACGCCAAUAUGGACCGCCACUCGGUGAUCAUGAAUUCGCAUUCCCCCGAGGUCCUCGACAAAAUGCAGAACCGCUGGCAUCCGCUGCACUCGGCGCUGUACAUGUGGACCAAGAGCACCUUUCCCAACGUCCUGCUGGCAUGCCUGGGCGACCGCACCGACAUGGCGCACAGCAUCGAGUCCCGCACUCCCUUCCUCGACCACCAUCUGGCUGAAUACGUCAACGCCCUCCCGCCCAGCGUCAAGAUUGCCUACAACCCGCCUGCCGAGGGAGACCACGCCGACAUCGAGAGCCAUGGCCCUGUUUGGAAGGCGUCCGGCAAGGCUCUCCAGUCUCUCUCAGCCAAGUGGGUCCUGCGCGAGGCCGUCCGCCCCUACAUCACUGACGAGCUAUACCGCCGCAAGAAGGUUCCCUUCCUAGCCCCAAGCAAGUGGCCCCAGGGUGGCCCGCUGCACCGCAUGUUCGAGAACCUGCUGUCCCGCGAUGCCGUCGAGCAGCUGGGCUUCUUCGAGUAUUCCGUUGUUGAGGAUGCGCUGGGCCGUGCUUUCGGCGAUGAGGCUGACCCACUGGCGUUCCGUACCCUGGCGUACGUUGGUGCGUGGGUGACACUGUCGAAGAGGCUCGGCGUGAAAAAGGCUGGUGUGUGUUAA